CUCCGGCCGCACACUAAACAAGAGCUCACCAUUAUAUUUAAUAGACUCCCCCCCACUUACGUAACAUUGGCCAGCCGGUUGAUGUUGAGAGGGACAUUUUGAAAAAGAAAUUAGUGCUGCGCUCCAGCUUUUUUCGGCCUGCUAAGAAUAAGACAGGUGGUAUAAAUCAAUUGCGUAACGAGAGGCUCACUCUCAGUGAUUGCGGAAGAAAUGGCAUGACGGCAAGAUGAGUAUACGUGCAGCCACCGAUAUAUCAUCAAGCGAGCGGCGUGUAAUUGAUGCUCAAACAAUUACUACAUCAAUUCAAAUGAGGAUGUGUGGGCCGGAAGGCUCGUUGUGUUGUGCAUGAGCGCCAUUUCUCGCUGGUGGCAGUUCAUUACUGUGGGACUAUUGGCCCGUUCUGUACCGAUUCCUGAUGAAAAAUCGGUCGGUAUCAUCAGUGACGUUUAUUCAGCGACGAAUUCAAAGAUUUUCAAUAGACAAUUUCCCGCGAUUUACUCCCACACGGAACAGUCCGAUUUGUAUGAUGCUCGACAGUCGACGAAAUUCCCUAAUGAGUUGGAGGUCCAGCGAGAGGAUGGCCCCGACGAUCCUUGACCUCCACAUCCGACACCUUUGGGUGAUCUUCCUCAUGGCUGUUUCAGGUUGAACGGCACAGGUGAGGCGUUGGCGUCACGCCAUCCGCGUAGUUCUGCCAAGACUGUGAUGCUCGCCGAUGGAAGCGCAACUUCCUUGGCGGUGACGAAUGCUGCGCCGCAGUUUUCGGAAUCCAUCCGGAACGUGACGGUACCGCUGGGCCGCGAGGCCGUCCUAUCGUGUGUCAUCAACAAUCUGGCAGAGUACAAAGUUGGAUGGCUGAGGGCGGACGACCAGACAAUUUUGAGUCUUCACCGCCGUGUCGUGACGCACAAUCCGCGUGUUUCGGUAACUCACGACGAGUCACGCACCUGGAACCUCCACAUUCGCCAAGUCAAGGAAUCCGAUCAAGGAUGUUACAUGUGUCAGAUCAACACGGCGAUAAUGAAGAAGCAACUUGGCUGCAUCCAAGUCCAAGUGCCUCCGGACAUUAUCGACGACCGGAGUACGAGCGACGUCACGGUCAACGAAGGCGACAACGUGACGCUGACGUGCACAGCCACCGGCAAACCGGCCCCGAGGAUCGUCUGGCGUCGUGAGGACGGCCAAAAGAUCGUCGUUUAUCGCCCGACGGCCACAGCGUCCGCACCGGGAUCCAACCACAACAAUCUCCAUGGAACGAAAUCUUCUUCCAGCAACGGCGGCGUUCUCAAUGCAACGACAACAUCAACAACAUCCGACGUUGUUGCCGUCACCGCAACGGGAACUCACCACCCGCAUCAGCACCACCAAGGAAUUGCGUCGACGACGACCCGCGAGAGAUCGAAAGAAGUCGAGGCGUAUCAUGGCGAGACUCUGCGCCUCUACCGGGUCACCCGCCAGAUGAUGGCCGCCUACAUGUGCAUCGCCUCCAAUGACGUCCCUCCCGCCGUCAGCAAACGAGUUCCUCUCAACGUCAACUUUCCGCCAUUGGUGACGUCUUCGAUGAACGUGGUGGGUGCGCUGCUGGGCACCGACGUCCGGUUGACUUGCAACGUCGAGUCGCAUCCGCCCAGCAUCAACUACUGGAUGAAGGGAAGACAACAAGACCAACACAACACUAUCCUGCCCAGCGCCAAGUACAGCAUCGACGGUGAACGAGGAGGAUCGACGAGCUACAAGACGAGCAUGUCACUGACCAUCCACAACUUCCAGUCCCAAGACAAGAGCGCUUACAUUUGCGUGGCCGCUAAUUCAUUGGGCACCGCCGAAGCCUCAAUUCAAAUCUACGAAGUGGUUAGAGCAACGUCAGCACCAACAUCAGCUAGCCGAUUGGCAACUUCCACUGGCAACAAUAUCGAACAUUUCCCAGUCAAGGAAGACAACGAAGACGAUGAGACGUCAUCGUCGUCCAUGUCCGUGCCACCCAGCGAACAGCAACGAGAGCGAAAACAAGAGCAACGAGAUGAGACGGCCAAUCAGAUUAGAGGUGGUGGUGUCUCCUCUGGUUCUACUUCUUCCCUCUUGAAAUUCACCUGGUCAUUCAUUCAUCACUGUACCAUCGUUUUCCCGUAUAUUCUUACUGCAAUGGUUUCCUCGUGCGGCAAAAUUAUAUGAAACAUCCAGUUUUGCAUCCAGUACUUUCAGUUCAAUUUUAAUUGAUACGCGUUUCAAUCACUACAUCUAUACAUCUACAACUACAACACACAUAAAAUCAAUUUCCUGAACAUUUUUGUUUGUAUAUUAAUUAAAUAAAAAAAUUUUUUUCUGUUAUUUUCUGCCUGUAUCAAAUGGCAGUAAGUAAUGUGGUAAUCUUUCAUUUGUUGUCAAAGAGAUGUUAAAUAUACCGACAA